AUGACCUCUUUCCAGGCAGUGAACUUUUGGUGCAAGCUGCAUGGCCCUGGAGAAAAACGGCUUCACCGAUCUUCUUUCCUUAGAUCUUCAUUUGUUCAAUCUGCAGUUCACGUAUUUCUGCAUUGUUUGGGAAAGCUUAACGAAGGUUGCACCAAGAGUAUCAGAGCUCGCGUAACGGCCAUCGUGUCGAAACGGGAGUCGAUUCCGCAAGUUAAAUACAAUGUCUGUGCCCCCUGCGGAUUCGGCCACUGCCGCGCCGAGGCGACUCUAUACGAACUUUACAAGCCAGGAGGUCAAUCACUGCUGGACAUUGUAUUCUUUCAUGGCCUCCAAUUGUCACACACCUCUGAUGCUCACGAAUCAACAUGGAGGUCACGCGGUUCCCAGAAGGAAGUAUGGCCGAUGACCUGGCUCCCGGAAGAGUUUCCGAGAACUCGGAUUCUCUCUGUCAAUUACGAUGCUUAUAUCAAGACAUCAGCAGAGCAUGGAACAUUAGACCUCCACAACACAGCCGAAAGUUUGAUAAAAAAUCUUAUAUCUGCAGAAGUGGGGCAGCAUCCAGUUAUACUUGUCGGUCACACUUACGGAGGUUCGGUGAUCAAACAAUUGUGCUACAUGGUGCAUAUCAGCCAAAGCUUGAAGGGUAAAAAGGCUGGAAUUCUCAACUGCGUCAAAGGAGUUUUCUUCUAUGGAAUGCCCCAUCGCGGAUCUUCAUUUUUCUCGAGUCCGAAUGGAACACACCAUAGAGAGCUAGCAUCUGCUAGCCCUCUAUUGGACAAUGUGAAGGUGCUUUGCGCAGAAUUAGCUCGACUUCAUGAAUAUUUUGAUUCUUUCCGUGUGACCACAAGUGGAGCAUUGUUGAAGUCAGAGAAUCGAGACCUACUACGUUUUUGA